UCUGGCUUCAAACGGGACGUUUCUUUUGAUGAAUAAAUGGAAAUUUUAUCUUGUCAAUUUUUGGAAAUGUAAUUUUUCUCUGUGCUUUCACACAGGAAGGAUCCAUAUAAAACAAUUAUCCAACCAUUCCCGUGACUUUAUGGGCUAUCUUUCAAGUGUGCGACUAAAUCAUUCAACGAUACGUAGUCAAAUGUUAGAAAAUUCAUUUCUAAUAAAUAAUGCAAUUAAAAUGUUCGAUACCCUUGUUCCAAUUAUUCCUUUGAUUGGAUCAUACGCUAAAGCAAACUUUUGUACCGUAUUAGGACAUCCCAUUAGUAAACCGGUUUGGUCCGAUUUAUCAGAUUCUGAUAUUAUUGACCGAUUGGGGCGUAUAUGCAGAAAUCUUUUUCAUUAUUUUAGCGGAUCUUCCAAAAAAAUGACUUUAUAUCGAAUAAAGUAUAUAAGCCGACUUUCUUGUGCUAGAACUUUAGCUCGGAAACACAAAAGUACUGUACGCACUUUUUUGAAAAGAUCGGGCUCGGAAUUACUGGAAGAAUUCUUAACGUCGGAAGAACAAGUUCUUUCUUUGACCUUCCCACGAGCUUCGUCUAGUUUGUGGGGAGUAUAUAGAAGUCGGAUUUGGUAUUUGGAUAUUUUUUCUAUCAACGAUCUGGCGAAUUAUCAAUGAUUCAUUCUUUGAUUUUCUAAAAGAUGAAGAGAUCAAAAAUUUUAACUAUUCUGAAAUGUUGAUUGUAAUAGUAAUAAGGGGUAAAUCAACUGAGUAUUCAACUUUUUAAAGUCUUUCUAAUUUCUAUAAGAAAGGAACUGAUGUAUACAUAGGGAAAGCCGUGUGCAAUGAAAAGUGCAAGCACGGCUUGGGGAGGGAUCUUUACUUGUUUAUUUAAUUUAAGAUUAACAUUUAUUUUAUUUAACAAGGAACUUAUCUACUCCAUCCGACUAGUUCCGGGUUCGAAUCCCGGGCAACCCACUAUCAUAUCGAAAUUAUAAUUCUCUGUAGAGAAGUCCCUAUUUUUCCAAUCAACUUCAUUAAAAACUUGAAUAGAUCCACAUACACCUUGGUUGACAUGAGUAUAUAAGUCAUGUUAUACUGUUGAAUAACAAGCCUUCCAUUUUCUAUUUUUAUUUGUAGAAAACUCGUGUGCUUGGGAGUCCCUCAUGAUUAAAUAAACCAAGAUUUUACCAUGACUGCAAUUUUAGAGAGACGCAAAAGCGAAAGCCUAUGGGGUCGCUUCUGUAACUGGAUAACUAGCACUGAAAACCAUCUUUACAUUAGAUGGUUUGGUGUUUUGAUGAUCCCUACCUUAUUGAUGGCAACUUCUGUAUUUAUUAUUGCCUUCAUUGCUGCUCCUCCAGUAGACAUUGAUGGUAUUCGUGAACCCAUUUCAGGGUCUCUACUUUAUGAAAACAAUAUUAUUUCCGGUGCCAUUAUUCCUACUUCUGCAGCUAUAGGUUUACAUUUUUACCCAAUCUGGGAAGCGGCAUCCGUUGAUGAGUGGUUAUACAAUGGUGGUCCUUAUGAACUAAUUGUUCUACACUUCUUACUUGGCAUAGCUUGUUACAUGGGUCGUGAGUGGGAGCUUAGUUUCCAUCUGGGUAUGCGACCUUUGAUUGCUGUUGCAUAUUCAGCUCCUGUUGCAGCUGCUACCACAGUUUUCUUGAUCUACCCAAUCGGUUAAGGAAGUUUUUCUGAUGGUAUGCCUCUAGGAAUCUCUGGUACUUUUAAUUUCAUGAUUGUA